CUCCACUGCCGGUCAUGGAGGUGGCGCCGGAGCAGCCGCGCUGGAUGGCGCACCCCGCCGUGCUGAAUGCGCAGCACCCCGACUCGCAUCACCCGGGCCUGGCGCACAACUACAUGGAGCCCGCGCAGCUGCUGCCUCCCGAUGAGGUGGACGUCUUCUUCAACCACCUAGACUCGCAAGGCAACCCUUAUUACGCCAACCCAGCCCACGCGCGGGCACGCGUCUCCUACAGCCCCGCGCACGCCCGCCUGACAGGAGGCCAGAUGUGCCGCCCACACUUGUUGCACAGCCCCGGGUUGCCCUGGCUCGACGGGGGUAAAGCUGCCCUCUCCGCUGCUGCGGCCCACCACCACAAUCCCUGGACCGUGAGCCCCUUCUCCAAGACACCGCUGCACCCCUCAGCGGCCGGAGGCCCUGGAGGUCCCCUCUCUGUGUACCCAGGGGCAGGGGGUGGGAGUGCGGGAGGCAGCGGGAGCUCUGUGGCCUCCCUCACUCCCACGGCAGCACACUCAGGCUCCCACCUCUUUGGAUUCCCACCCACUCCGCCUAAGGAAGUGUCUCCCGACCCUAGCACCACCGGGGCUGCCUCUCCAGCCUCCUCUUCCGCAGGGGGUAGUGCAGCCCGGGGGGAGGACAAGGAUGGCGUCAAGUACCAGGUGUCACUGACUGAUAGUAUGAAGAUGGAAAGCGGCAGUCCCCUGCGCCCAGGCCUGGCUGCCAUGGGCACCCAGCCUGCCACACACCACCCCAUCCCCACCUACCCGUCCUAUGUGCCGGCCGCUGCCCACGACUACAGCAGCGGACUCUUCCACCCUGGAGGCUUCUUGGGUGGCCCUGCCUCCAGCUUCACCCCUAAGCAGCGCAGCAAGGCACGCUCCUGCUCAGAAGGCCGGGAGUGUGUCAACUGUGGGGCCACGGCCACCCCUCUCUGGCGGCGAGACGGCACCGGGCACUACCUGUGUAACGCCUGCGGGCUUUACCACAAGAUGAACGGGCAGAACCGGCCACUAAUCAAGCCCAAGCGGAGACUGUCGGCCGCCAGGAGAGCAGGCACCUGUUGUGCAAAUUGUCAGACGACAACCACCACCUUAUGGCGCCGAAACGCCAACGGGGACCCUGUCUGCAACGCCUGUGGCCUCUACUACAAGCUGCACAAUGUGAACAGGCCGCUGACCAUGAAGAAGGAAGGGAUCCAGACAAGGAAUCGGAAGAUGUCCACCAAGUCCAAGAAGAACAAGAAAGGUGCGGAGUGCUUCGAGGAGCUGUCCAAGUGCAUGCAGGAGAAGGCCUCCCCCUUCAGCGCCGCUGCCCUGGCCGGACACAUGGCACCUGUGGGCCAUCUCCCGCCCUUCAGCCACUCGGGACACAUCUUGCCCACCCCUACGCCCAUCCACCCCUCCUCCAGCCUCUCCUUUGGCCACCCCCACCCAUCCAGCAUGGUGACCGCCAUGGGCUAG